UAGAUAGUAAUAUAGUAAUAUAGUAAUUUAUUAUUUCAAAUUACGAUGACCUCUCGUUAUAAAUGCUGAUAAGAUAACGACAGUCCCCUGUAUCUGGGAAAUUUCGCUGUAUCUGUAUCUACCGACUCAUACAGACUGUCCCCUGCAAGAAUAUGUCGCGCAAAUCCGCCGCCAUGUCCUCCGGCGACAUCAAACUCCGUCGCGUCCUCCUCAUCCCGAGCUCCGGCAUGGGCCAUUUUGUUCCCUUUGUCCGCCUCGCCACCGCACUUUCCGACCGCCGAAUCUCCAUCUCGCUCCUCGCAUUCCGCCCCACCGUCUCCAACGCCGAAUCUAUCCUCCUCUCCUCCCUCCCAUCCUCCCUCCUCCUUGACUUCCCCCUCAAACCUCUUGACCCCUCUCUAUUCCCUUCCGCCGACCCCUUCUUCCGCCAAAUGGAAGCCAUUCGCCGCUCCGCCCACCUCCUCCCUUCUCUCAUCUCCACCUACUCGCCAGCUUUCUCCUCCCUCAUCGUAGACGUCGCCAUCGCUUCCUCCUUUCUUCCACUCGCCGUCGCUGAAAAUAUCCCCUGCUUCGUCCUUUUCACCUCCUCUGCUUCCAUGCUCGCUCUCAACUCUGUUUUCCACUCCCUCCCUUAUCCAACGGGAGCUGACGUCAACAUCGCCGGUGGCGUUCUCAAGAUUCCGAAUUCCUCCCUCCCGCAGCCACUUCAUGACCCCAACCAUCUCUUCAGAACCCAAUUUAUGGAGAACGGCCGGGCGCUUACUCAGGCGAACGGUAUCAUUGCUAAUACUUUUUUCUCGAUGGAGCCUGAGAUACUCGCUGCGCUCAACUCUGGCGAAGUCAUUACCGGACUCCCACCGGUGAUUGCUUUAGGUCCUUUGUUUCCAGUAAAAAAGCAGCCAUCUUUGGCAUCGCCGGCACUGCGCUGGCUCGACGAACAGCCAGAGAAGUCGGUGAUGUACGUGAGCUUUGGAAGUCGUACGGCGAUGUCAAGGGAGCAAAUCAGAGAAUUGGGGGCUGGGCUGGAGAUGAGCGGGUGUCGGUUUUUUUGGGUGGUGAAAAGCGCGAAGGUGGACAGAGAGGAGGCAGCGGAGAUCGUUGAGUUAUUGGGAGAAGGGUAUGUGAAGAGAGUGGAAGGCAGGGGAUUAGUUGUGAAGGAGUGGGUGGAGCAGGAGGUGGUUCUUGGUCAUCGUGCGGUGGCCGGAUUCUUGAGCCACUGUGGGUGGAAUUCGGUGAUGGAGGCGGCGGCGGCGGGGGUGAGGUGA